AUGUAUCGCAAGAGCGACAACAGCUGGCUUGAAGUCAACACUGGCCAGAAUGGUGCACUGGUGCGUGAUCAUGGCCGAUUGAGCCAGGUUAUCUCAGAGCUUCCGCAGCCAGAACAGCAGUUUCCAAUCCUCUCCGUGUUCCUCGGAGGUAAACGCAAGGACCACAUUCUCCAAAUCCUUUUCCCGCAUAAUAAUAUACGGAGAACGAACUCUGGGGCUCAAGUCAGAUUGCGAUGUGAGACAGUCUCCGCUGAGACCAAUGAACCAUUGCUGCUUGCCGAUGGUGAUCUGGGAGGAUCCACUUCGUGCAAGCCGCAACAGAUGCUUCCUGGUGAUAAGCUGAUUUCCUGCCGCACUCUUUCUACAACAUCUCUCCUGCAACAAGUUUACUCUCGUCUUAUUUUUCCCUUUGCUAAUCUCAUCUGUGUCUUUGCGAUUGAUUUUCCCGACCUUGCUUCCAUCGCGCAGUCCUUGGUGGGCUGCGCUGGUGCGGGAUCGACCUCCUGCCUUCCACUCUCGGUUCGGCCCAAGGUCAUCGUGGUGCUAGAAGAUGGUGGUUCCAUGGAACCAGAAUCGCUGGAGCACGACAUCGCGCGGUUUUACGAUUUAGUGCGCGAAAUCGACCGACCUCGGCUUCAAGAGUCAUUCUCCUCACUUAACGUGAUCCGUCUCGACCGAAGUCUGCCCGAAACCAUCCAGCAUGAGAGGUUGCGGACCUCCAUCCGUGACCAGCAGACCGCAAUACAGGCGGUUCGCCGGGCACACUGGUAUCAUUAUAGCGCCCGACAACUGGGCGGUUUGUUCCAGUCCGCCCUGAAGAGCUUCGUUGCUGAAACUCAGUUUGAUCUGGUUCAAGCUACACGGAUGGACUUCCCUGUGUCGACCGGACUCCCUCAUCACCUCGCGCACUUUUUAGAGGCUGGCCUUCGAGGGGGAUGCUCAUUGGAUACACUCGGCAGAUCAAUCGCAUCGGCCUUACUCAUGGACCACUAUGUUCCGGGAAUGAUGUUGCUGGAGCCGAGAAUCGUAUUCCGUACCCUCUACUUGCCCGCCGUCGUGAGAGGAGGCCAGCGAGCAAGUCCAGCGCUGGGUCAGCGAGGAGAUGAACUUGCGGAUCUGAUCGAGCGAGAUUUUGUGAGGGGGUUCCGUCGGAUCUCCACUUCGACAAAGACGUCUGUGGAGUUGCAGAGGGAGACACUCAUGUCCCUGAGCCAUGAACUGGGGAAAAUCCAGUCGCAUACCAUAUGUCUCUAUUGCCUUGUUCGGUGCGCCCAGCAUUGCCAGCGAUGUCACCACUCUAUCUGCGACAAUUGCGCGCAAGUGUUCGGUAGCCCGGCCUCCAAUGUCGAAUAUCAGUUUACCUUGUCGAUAUGCCUCUUGUGCUUAUCGCGAGACAAACUAGUAGUCGACGUGUUGCCUCCCACUAUGAAUCCGACGAUUUUGGCGAUCGAUGGAGGCGGAGUACGGGGAGUUAUCCCCCUGGAAUAUCUGAUCCUCAUCCAGGAGAGUCUGGGACGAGAUUGUAAAUUGUGUGACCUUGUUGACCUCUCCGUUGGCCCCAGUUCCGGCGGGUUGAUCGCCCUUGGAAUCAGUGGAAUGGAGUGGGAUGUCUCCACCUGUUCCCAGAUGUUCGAUCGCCUCGCACGCCGGAUUUUCGAGGAACGAAUCCAGUCCUCGCUCUCUCGGAUGCUGCGGUUCCUCUUCGGACAGUAUUCUCUGCUUGGGGCGAUCUUCCAGUGGCUUUCGUGGUUCUGCCAGGAUGGAUGCUAUGACACUCGUAUCUUUGACGCUAGUUUACGGGAGGCAUUCCGCGAGGAGCGGCGGAUUUUCGGUGUGGUUGGGGUCAACGCCCAAUCCAAAUCCAGAUCUAAAUUCGGCGUGAUCGCGACAAAUAUUGCGAAAGAGACAAGGUCUUUCGUGUUUGGCAAUUUCAACGCGGUUGACUGGUUUGCUGGACAGAAGCAUGAAUACCAACUGUUUCGUGCUGAGAAAGCGGACGAUGAGCCAUUAAUUUGGGAGGUGGCACGUGCGACAGCUGCAGCGCCGUUCUACUUUUCAACUGCGAACCUUGGCCCAAGUGGGUCAUUCCAGGAUGGAGGAUUGAAAGACAACUUUGCUGCGGAUAUUGCACGAAGAAUCUGCCGUCGCAUCUGGCCAUCGAAGCCAGGCAUCACAAGAUUGAUCUCUUUGGGCACUGGGCGAACGGACGCGCCUUCAAAUCGAUCACCCGCGUUCCGUCAUGUUUUCCGUGAUGGGUUCUUUCCACGAAGCUACGAAGCUUUCAUGUCACAGAUGGAUGCUACCCCUAAAUGGUUGAGAAUGAAGAACGAACUGGACGAAGCCCUCCGGCAGGACUACUUGCGGCUUGAUGUCCCGCUGCAAACCCUUCCGUGUACGAUCGAUGAUACGGGAAUGAUGGACGAGUAUCGGAACUUGGUGAUAGGCCAACCAGGGAGCGGCCGGAUGGCGCGUGAUGUGGCAAGUGCACUGCUGGCAGGCCGCUUCUACUUCACCCUCCGGUGCGUACCGGAGAAAGUCACAGGCGGGGAAUACGUCUGGUGCCAUGGAGCGGUUCAGUGUAAGGGCCCUGUUCGAGAGAUCGUUGACUCCCUCCUGGCCAAUCAUCCCCAGCGGAUGGAGUUUGUGAACGACACAGAACAUCUUGCUUAUUUUGGAGGGCUAGACGAUAUCUGCGCGGCCUGUGGGCGCUACUCGAAACCGAUAUCAAUGUUACUUAGAAACUGUGACCAGCCAACCAACAUUUAUCUACGAGUUAGCCGGGAAAAACAAUGGAGGAUCAGCGGGUUUCCGACGGAUAUGUCGUCGGUCGCGGCCGCGCAGAAAUUAGAGGCACCUUUCGGACGACCAGACCAUGGACAUCCCGCCGUCGUACCUUGCGCCAGCUGCGAUGGUACCAUGGUUCAUCUGGCGGGGAGACGGCGGAAGCGCACAUCCGCACCCACAGACGAAUUGGCAAGCAAACGGGUUUGCGUUGUCGGUGAGGUCCGGACCUAA